GAGGGCAUCAUAUGACCGCGUGUCAGUUUCUCUCCCUACAGGCUCGCCUCCGUACCCUUUGGAAAGCCUCGCAGUUUUCCCAGACCGUGCCGCUGGAGGAACAGAUCCACCCGUUCCAACCAGGGGACUUCGUCUGGGCCAAAAAGUUCGUUCGUGACGACACCCUCCAGCCAAGGUUUACUGGACCCCACCAGGUUCUUUUGACAACCCAGAUUGCAGUGUUCCUGGAAGGACGCAAAUCUUGGAUCCACCACUCCCACGUCAAGCCAGCCGUAGUGGACCACAGUGACGGACCAGCAGCUCUUGUCACCACUGAGGACACUGCCUUCGACCAGUGGAGCAGCUUACCUCUCUCAGACAUUAGACUUAAAUUGACUCGGAAAAAAUGAGAGGACCCUUUAUUCUGACAACUGUAUGUUUUUUUUUUAUGCUUUUUUAGUUUAUUUUCUGCUUAUGAAGAUAAUGCUUUUAUUAGAUAUUCCCACGAGGUUAAAACUCGUAUUUUAGGAAAUAGAAGUAAUUGCUGGGUAUGUACUCAAUUUCCAGUAAAUGCAGCACAGGGACUCCCCUUCACACCCAUUCCCCUAACCACUGCUAAUAUGACUUGGAUGCCACCGACUAGAAUAAAAGAUCCAGUCCAACCCAAUCUUACAUGGAACACAACAGGAGUGCCAAUUAACAAAUAUCUCAGGGUAACCAAUCAAACAGGAUCACUGUGUUUUGUUAAAGGAAAAGGGUCAACUUUUGUGGGAACAAGUAAAUGCAACAUAUAUUUUAAUGGCACCGCCUUUAGUAAAAAUCUUGGCUUCAAGCCUUGCGCAUCCCACUUAUCCCAUAUGUGGAUCCCUCACCCCGAUCCAACCUUUUCAACUUUUUCAUGGAGGGGCAGGUUUUCAGAGUCAGUUUUUAAAAAGCCCUGCUCAGAGCUCAAGGGUGUCCAACUAAUUGUUAAAGAAUACACAAUUGCCUUCUACAACUGCUCAAGCAGUACUACACUGCCCUUUAAAAACAACACUACCAAAUUGUGCCUCUGCAAUUCACACAACGACCCCUCUGCGUUACCAGGGGAACAGUGGUACAACGGGUGGUGGGUUACCUCCUACUUUGAGAAAUGGAAUACCCAAAACGCAUUAUAUGGAACAUACUGGGUGUGCGGGCCCAAAGCUUAUUAUUUUCUCUCCCCUGAUUGGGCAGGGUCAUGUUAUUUGGCAUGGCUAGCACCGCCUUCUCGCAUCUCCCUCACUCCCCCUCAUUUUCCCCACGUUCGUAACAUCCGUGAAACUGACAGAGAUAUUAAUCUCCGUGAUGGUUUGUCCUGGCAGCGGUGGGCUGGUCACACUAGCUUAAAGGGUGCUAUCAUCCGUCUACAGGGACUAUUAAAAUCUUUGACCAAUGAAACUGCAACCCUAUUUGAAAAUCAGGCCGGGGAAAUGUCCCAGCUGCGCCAGUUAGCUUUGCAAAACAGAAUGGCUUUAGACAUAAUGUUAGCAGCCCAGGGAGGAACUUGCGCCCUCAUAAAUGAAGAAUGCUGUGUUUUUGUAAAUGACACCUACUCUGACACUUUUCAACGUACCAAACACCUAAGGGAAAUGGCUAAAAACUACUCCUCUGGCCAGCCACCUUAUGAUUGGUGGGGAGCCUUAUGGAAUUGGCUGCCCGAAUUUGGGUGGGUUAAAAAACUCUUGGUGGGUGUUGUUGGGGCCAUAGUAGUCCUUAUAAUACUGUGUUGCUGUAUUCAGUGUGUCCCCUCCCUCAUAAACUCAUGUAAGUCAGUUUAUUCUUUUCCCACUUCAGCUAAAAGCCUUACUCUCUUCGAAUUGGCCCAGGCUGAAAUUGCCAAGCGACCCUUGAGAUCUUGAAAUAGGGUGUAGCUUUUUGAUUAAUAGUUAUCCCAAAGCUACAAAUGGAGGAAUGUUGGGUCUAAACUUUUGGUGAACUUUGGGGAGCCAAAACACACCCAGACUGGCUGUCUCUGCAUAAUCCUUCCUGAACCCUUUUGAACAAAACACUGACCUGCAAACUACUCAUGACACCCCCUUUCUCAAGUAGCCAUUAGCCUUUAUCUCUAUGCAUUUACUUGUUAACUUGCUUUUCCUGUAAAAUCUUGAUUGAUUAUGCAUGACCAUUAUCUUUUGUUAAUCACUUUGUUUACUUCUGUGUAUAAAUAUUGAUGCUCACCCCUAAUAAAGGGGCCACACUUAAUCUAAAGCUUUUUGAGCUAAGGAUACCCGUUGAUCAACGCAUUGGUGUCUGGUCUCUGACAGAAUUGUGUGCCCCAUACCAACUCCGCACGAACUCGGGUGCUGGAGAGGUGAGUGAGGAC